CUCUCUUUCUGGAUGCGCGUGGAAUAGGCAAAAUUGCGAACCUGUCAAGACAUAACACAGAAUCGUUCCGACAGCCUUUAAUAAUCACAAGCUGUACGUUAGACCUUAAGUAUCAUUCACUUCUUUUCUUUGCACAGAGCCGCAUUUUCUGUUUUGGAUACUGGAAGCCUCAAGACAAGGUCCUGCGUAUCUGACAUCCAACCAACUCUUACUGCGCCUGGUUAUUUCGAUUAUUCAAACCCAACAGUCACCUAAUCUUAUUUCAAAACAAAAUUUUAGCCACGUUUAAUAUUGAGUGAGGUUGAGGAAACAGUUUUAAAAACUACUGUUUAAAAACAGCAAUACUUUUACAAACGUAGUAUAUCACACAAUGGCCGAUGCUAGCGCAGAAUGCAACAUUAAGGUACUGUGUCGUUUUCGUCCCUUGAAUCAAUCCGAAAUUAUCCGCGGAGACAAAUUUCUCCCCAUAUUUCAGGGAGACGACACUGUCAUCAUCGGGGGCAAGUCAUUUGUAUUUGACAGGGUCUUUCCUACUAACACUACACAAGAGCAGGUCUACAACAGCUGUGCCAAACAGAUUGUCAAAGAUGUGCUGGAUGGAUACAAUGGAACCAUCUUUGCAUACGGACAAACGUCCUCGGGCAAAACUCACACCAUGGAGGGCAAGCUCCAUGAUCCCAAUGGCAUGGGCAUUAUUCCAAGAAUCGCUGAUGACAUUUUCCACCAUAUCUUUGCCAUGGAUGAAAAUCUAGAGUUUCACAUCAAGGUUUCCUACUUUGAAAUCUACAUGGAUAAAAUUCGAGACCUGCUUGAUGUGAGUAAGACCAAUCUGUCAGUACAUGAAGAUAAGAACAGAGUCCCAUAUGUAAAGGGCUGCACAGAACGCUUUGUGUCCAGUCCUGAGGAAGUGAUGGAUGUGAUUGACGAAGGAAAAUCUAACCGCCAUGUGGCUGUUACCAACAUGAACGAGCACAGCUCCAGGAGUCACAGCAUCUUCCUCAUUAACAUCAAACAAGAGCACGUGGAAACGGAGCAGAAACUGAGCGGCAAGCUCUAUCUGGUGGACCUGGCCGGGAGUGAGAAGGUGAGUAAGACAGGGGCGGAAGGGUCUGUCCUGGAUGAAGCCAAAAACAUCAACAAGUCUCUGUCUGCACUGGGAAACGUGAUUUCGGCUCUGGCAGAGGGCACGAAGACCCAUGUACCGUACCGGGAUAGCAAGAUGACACGGAUCCUGCAGGACUCUCUGGGAGGGAACUGCAGGACCACCAUGUUCAUCUGCUGCUCGCCAUCUUCCUUCAACGAGGCCGAGACCAAAUCCACACUCAUGUUUGGACAACGUGCUAAGACCAUAAGGAACACUGCCUCGGUGAAUCUGGAGCUAACGGCGGACCAGUGGAGGAGGAAGUACGAGAAGGAGAAGGAUAAGAACAAGACUUUGAAGGAAAGCAUCCAGAAACUGGAGGCGGAGCUUAACCGCUGGCGUAACGGUGAGGCGGUCCCUGAGCUGGAGCGGGGUGGUGUGUGUGGUGUGGAGUGUGAGCUUCCAGAGGACACCACUAUAGAUGACAGCAGCUCCUUCCCUGUCCGAGCCACGGAGGAGGAAGUACAAAAACUCUACAAACAGCUUGAUGACAAGGAUGAUGAGAUUAACCUGCAGAGUCAGCUGGUGGAAAAACUGAAGAAACAGAUGCUGGAUCAGGAGGAGUUGCUGGCAUUGUCGCACACAGACAGCGAUCGAGUGCAGUGUGAGCUAGGCCGCUUGCAGGCCGAGAGCGAGAGCGCUAAGGCUGAGGUGAAGGAGGUCUUGCAGGCACUGGAGGAGCUGGCUCUUAGCUAUGAUCAGAAGAGUCAGGAGGUCCUGGACAAGGGUCUGCAGAACAAGCUACUCAGCGAGGAGCUUACCCAGAAAAUGACGGAUCUGAUGUGCUUGGAGAGGGAGUUCUCUCGGCUGCAGGAAGUGAGUGGUCAGCAGAGGAAACGCAUCACAGAGGUUCUGAACACCCUUCUCAAAGACCUGAAUGACUUUAGCAUUAUCCUGGGCAGUGGUGACAUCAGACUGCCACGUGAGCUCUCUGGUAUAUUGGAGGAGGAGUAUGCCGUGAUGUGUGUGUACGUCAGUAAGGUGAAGUCUGAGCUGAAGUCACUCGUGAAACGCUGCAGGCACCUGGAGAGCCUGCAGAGUGACAGCCACCGCAAAAUGGAGGAGACUGGGAGGGAGCUGUCGUCCUGUCAGCUGCUCAUUUCACAGCAUGAGGCGAAGAUCCGCUCUCUAAGUGAGUAUAUGCAGAAUAUGGAGCUUAAAAAGAGACAACUGGAGGAGACCUGUGACUGUCUGAGUGAAGAGCUUUCCAGACUACAAAACACAGAGAGCCUUCAAGACGACCAGCAAAACAUUGUGGAGUCUGGUGAUCAUAAGUCUAGAGAUAAUCAUCGAGACUCGCAGCACAAACAGCUUGGACGCCUGCGCGAUGACAUCAACCACAAACAGAAGAUUAUCGACGAGCUCACUGAUGAAAAUCAGAGGAUGAUGUUGGCGCUGGAGCAACUGCGUGUUGAGUUCACUGGCUUAAAAAGCCAAGAGAUCGAGAAGAGUGCCCAGUUAGAGGAGCUCAGAUAUCUUAAUGAACGCCAUGAGCAGGCCAAGCAGGACAUGAAAGGGCUGGAGGAGACUGUUGUGAGUUUUUUUUCCUUAUGUAAUCUAGGACUGGAAUAUAAAUCAUGGAAUACUAAUGAAACUUGCUGUGACAUUUGUGGAAACGUAUUUGGCUCCCUCUUUGUUACCAAGGCCCGGGAGCUCCAGACCUUGCACAACCUGAGGAAGCUUUUUGUUCAAGACCUUACAACUCGAGUUAAACGAAGCUCAGAAAUGGAACUGGAUGAUACUGGAGGGCCUUCCACCCAGAAGCAGAAAAUUUCCUUUCUUGAGAACAACUUGGACCAGCUUACAAAAGUACACAAACAGCUCGUUCGUGACAAUGCGGAUCUGCGCUGUGAGCUUCCUAAACUGGAAAAGCGUCUGCGCUCUACGGCUGAGCGAGUUAGGGCAUUGGAGGCUGCACUGAAGGAGGCCAAAGAGGGAGCUUUGCAGGAUCGGUGCCGCUACCAGCAGGAAGUAGAACGCAUUAAAGAGGCCAUGAGGGCCAGGAACCCAUUCCGUCGCCAUCAUGCUGCGCUCAUUGCUAAACCAGUCCGGCCAGGACACUACUCAGCCUGCUCACCAGUGAGUCACAUGUUCAUGCGCAGUACUUGUCCACCGAUCACGUUUAGCAAUGCACUCUUCAAGAGUACUGUGCAACCACGGAUUCCACCCACUGUGUCAACCCACAUUAAGACUGUCUCAAACCAUAUGGACAAAGCUUCAGAGGACAUGCACAGCACAGAGAAUGCUGUAGAGUUCCUGAAUUCUACUCACAAGCUCAACAUAGUCAAUGGAAAUGCCAAAGACAUCAAUGACAACAGUUUGCCACCUAGUGGCUUCUCUGCAUGCAGCAGUGAUGGGCACUGCAACACCUCAUCUGACCAGCUCAAACACCAACCAGAGCAGCAGCAGGAGCUCCUUAUGAAACAGGAGCCUGCAGCCAGCUAAUCACCCGCAGAAGAUGAUGCAUUGUAAAUCAUGUUCUUUGUAUGUGCAUGCUGCCUGCAAGAAGUCUUCGAUGAUACUACCUGCCUACCAUCUAUUAACUCUCAUCACCCAUUAUCGCCUUUUACAUUGCAAUAUAAUGCGAUAUUAAUGAAUCAGCUUGGGUAAACAGCAGUGCUCACAGACACUGGUAGCAUGUCUUCUAGUCUCUCAUUAUUGAAUUGGCAUGUACGCUGGUAUUGGUAUUUAAACUGAAAGGGGCUAGUUUUAAAGUCAGUGCCACAACCAACAGGGGCUGUUGUUUCGAGUCUCAGCAUUAGAGGUCUACCUUGAUGAUGUUUAUAUCUUUUUUCUGUUUAACAUGACCAUUUCAGAUGAAGUGAAGUCGGGUCUUCACCCACACCACACACCCAAGAUCCUACAUAGCACAUUUUGAAGAAAUACCUUUCAUACAUCUCAUAAAUAAGUGGAAUGUUAUAAACAACCAAAAAAAAAAAAUCAUAGAAGGUUCUGUAGGUCACUGGAUUAUUUGUGGGUAGAAUAUUCAUGUAAUGUGUGAAAUAAAACAUUAGUGUGUUGUCAUUCUAAAACGUACUAAUGUGAAGUUAUAAAAAAAAAUAUUUUUAUACUUAGAGUUGAAAGACUGAUUCAUGUUCAGAUAUAUAUUUGGUGUGCAUAAAUUUAUAUAAGUUAUUUAUUCUGUUAUUCAAAGAUUAUUGUUAUAAACAACAGAUUUUAUUAUAGAAGCAACAAAUGAAGCAUAUUGACCAGGUGAAUAAAGAGGCAUAAUAUAAAGAGGCAUUGUGUGCAUAAUAAUAAAAUAUGAUGAAUACAUGCAGAUUAGAUUAUAAUAUUUACCUGUAAUUAGGGCAGUUCACUUCAACAUGGCUCAAGAUUUACUUGUUAUUAUUGGGGAAAAGUUAAAUAUGUCUCUCAUGAACAUACACUCACACAAGCACUGAUGAACAAUCAUUUCACUCAGUAUAGACCAGCUCUCAGAUCUGUCCUUCUGAGUGUUUCUGUGGCCUUGGCCAAUAUCUCCCUUCAUAUCCUAAUUAGCCACUUAGGAUGAGAGAUUCAGGCAGGCCUCAUCAUCAUAGAAUAGCAUCCCCGAACCCGAAAUACAGGACACAGUGAGCUAAAAUAUGGCAGUGAUGAAAAUGCAGGCCAGUGCAUUAAAACUCUGACUUUUAUGUGGAAAACAAAAAGUAUUUGUAUAUAAUAUGUUGAUUCGCUACUGAGGAUGUCAUUUGGCUUGCCACCCCACGAAACCCUUUUCCAAGGCUAUUUACUGAUUUUGCAAUAUGCCCACACGCUUUUAGUGGAAGACUAGGUUCUGCAUGAAGUAAACUGAUAUUUGGCUCAAUGAAUAGCCUUGAAAAACAUGAUGUAAUAUAUUGAAUUAUUGACAUGAGUCCAUAAUGCAUAUGUAUAGGCCACAUAGUUUUUAGUUUUUGUUUUUUGCUUUUUUUUGUUUUUGUUUUUGCUGUCCUUUUGUGACUAAAGUGUAGUGCAUGCUACACAACCUGCCUCUAUAACAAAUGAGAAGAUGCCAUUCAGGAAAGUGUGAAUAAAAGAAUCCUGUGAAUAA